AUGGCAGCCCAUUCUAACAACUUCACCCUCAUCCCAAGACAGAGGUUUAGACGUAGUAACAGGCGCUUUCACACAGCUUUUGAGGGCAGAGAAUCAAUUGAUGUGGCCACUUUGGGUCAGUUUAAAGCUUUACCACCCGAAAUCUUUCACAUGAUUUUGAAGUAUCUGUCUGUUACGGACAUUAGUAUGUUGAGCAUGGUUUCUAAAGCCAUCAGUUGCCACCUCAUCAACUACAUCUCCACACCGUCAGGAAGCCGCAGCCUGCUGCUACAGAAUUUUCACAAUGCUGAUUUUCCUGAAGGAAGGAGAGCAAUACCAAUAGUGGAGCACUACAGGUCUUUAGGCUUAUUGUUUAAAAGGUGUACAUUUUUGCUGCCGACCAAGGAGAGGCUGAAAUGCAUUCACAAGAUUCUGUCAGAUGUCCAUUGUUUUAAACUUUAUGGUUGUACUUCUCCUGUGCAUUGCCUUGGCUUUCCCUGUUAUGGGGCAUUUCUACAGAUUCUUACAGCAGGCUGGGAUGAGCUGGAGUGUCACCGUGUUUUCAACUUUCUAUGUGAUUUAAUUAAUUUGCAUCGAAAAGUACAGAGUCUGGUGAGCAAAAAACCAGGCUCUACUCAGAAGUUAGAACUGCGUUUGCGACUCUUCUGCCGCAAUGUAUUACUAGAUCACUGGACUCACCGCAGCGAUUCUGCCUUUUGGCUCACAAGAUUGCUCAAACCAUGGCCCAUGGUGAACCAAGCUCAUCUUCUAUACUUAUUCUUUGGACCAGUGUCUACUAUAGAUGGACAUGUGGCAUGGCUAAAAAUGGCAGAAGUGGCAGUUGAUGAGGCAAGUCUGAAAGGUCUUGCUGAUGCUAUUAAGUUGUUGUAUAAUACAGAGGCUAAAGAAUGGACUGCCGAUGAUAUUAUCAGUCUGGUGGAUGAGCUCUCAGUGGUUCCCCGUGAGUGGCUCCUUGAAAACAAUGCUCGUCUCCUUAUUCUUUGCGGAAACACCAUCUGUUUCACCUUCAUGGCCAGUAAAGCAGUAAAUGGCCGUACCAUGGAGCUAGCCAAUAUUGUUGUGCACCUUGCGUUGGUGUGUGAAAAGGAUCUGUACUGCAUGGACUGGGCUGUGAAAAUGAUGCUAAAGGUAUGCGAGGUAUUUGGGACACAUCUAGAGAGGAGCAACUUUUUACAAAAUGUUGAAAAUGCAUUUGCUCGUAUUGCUUUAGACAUGUUGCAGUCUGUAAUCUCAGGUGACCACAAUGAGGAGGACAGCAGCUUCCUGAAUCUUUUCCAUCUUAUAAACGCACAAGCAAAUUUUCACAAGGAAGUACUGUACACGACUCUUAGCUCUUCUUCCAAAUAA